AGGGGAGUCUGUUCCUUUGGACUCUUUCUCCUCCUCCUCCUGUUUAUUUUAUUUAUCAUGUCAUCAGCAACCAGGCAUUUGUAUUACAUUUUUAACAAAAACAAUCAGACAAAACACAGAAUUUGCAAACUUGGUAGUUGAUUAAAUGUCCUUUGACCAGUAUCUGGCCGCUUGGAGUGCCUCUGGUGUUGCUGCAAGGAGGUCCUCCAUUGUGCAUGUGGCAGGGCUCAGGUUGCAUUGCAGCAGGUGGUCCUCCUCCUUGCAGCCUGUCUCUUCUCUCAUCAUCUUCUCCUCCUUCUGCUUCUUCUCCUUCCGAGGAAAAGUGAUUGUUGGCUGAACAUUUUGGAGUCGAGCCUGUUCAGGGAUUUCUUUCCCUAGAAAGAAGUGGGAGGAAAAGCAUCUUGGAUCCAGUUUGCUUCUUCAACCAACAGUCGUUCCAACAUGGAGAGACCCAACUCACCUGGACCUGAAUCAGGAAUUGGGAGCAAUGGAGCAUCCUGGGAAAGAACUAAACGUAAGUCCCAGAGUGUGGACCUUUAUAUCUCAGACAGACAGCGCCAGCGCUUCAGGCAUUCCUCCUACCGAGAGGGCGAGGGACCCAGAGAGGUUUGCAGCCGCCUCCACUCUCUCUGCCGCCAGUGGCUGAAGCCAGAGCAACACACCAAGGCGGAGAUGCUGGACCUGGUGAUCCUGGAGCAGUUCCUGAGCAUCCUGCCCCCAGAGAUGGGGAGCUGGGUCCGAGAGUGUGGGGCAGAGACCUCUUCCCAGGCGGUGGCCCUGGCGGAAGGCUUCCUCCUGAGUCGGGCAGAGGACGAGAAGCAGGAAGGACAGGCCCAAAAUGACUGCAUUGAGGUUCACCCUGAUGUCCCUGAAUCCGAGAAACCUGCACCAGGCACCACCCAGAUCCUCCAGCGAAAGGAGUUCAAGCAGGAAGGAGAUGGGGCUGCAGCCUUGGAGGGGGCUGGAAUGAUGUUGUGGCUGAAUCCACAGUCGCAUCUUCCGCUUUGUGAUGGAGUGGAACUGACUCAGGGCCCAAUCGCCUUUGAGGACGUGGCUGUCCAUUUCUCUUUGGAGGAGUGGGCUCUCCUGAAUCCUGGUCAGAAAGCCUUGCAAAGGCAGAUCAUGGAGGAGAUUCAUGGGAUGGUGGACUUUCUUGAUAACUGGAACACCAAACACAGGAAGCAUUUGGGACACAAUGCGGGAUUUCCUAGACGCCAGCAAAGCCACAGAGAAGAUGGAGGUUCUGCCAGAGAAAGGCCCUACAAAUGCAAUGUAUGUGGGCAGUGUUUUACCCAAACUAUGGGACUUAUACUUCACAAAACACUCAGCGCUGGGAAAAGCCAUUGUAAAUGGAAAGUAUCAUCAAAAUGUAUUGCUGAUUACAAAAUGCCAGAUUUGAGCCAAGAAGAAAUCUUUGAAGGAACUGAAGAUCUCAUAAGCCAGGAGUGUGGGCAAUCUGUUAUCCAGAGUUCAGACUCAGUGAGGCACAAAAGACUCCACAGAGGAGAGAAGCCAUUCCAGUGCCAGGAGUGUGGGAAAUGUUUUACUGUGAAUUCAUCCUUGGUGAGCCACAAACGAGUCCACACAGGAGAGAAGCCAUACCAAUGCCAGGAGUGUGGGAAAUGUUUUGCUCAGAGUUCAGCCUUGGUGAGCCACAAAAGAGUCCACACAGGAGAGAAGCCAUACCAAUGCCAGGAGUGUGGGAAAUGUUUCGCUGAGAGUUCACAUUUGGUGAAGCACAAAAGACUCCACAAAGGAGAAAAGCAAUACCAAUGCCAGGAGUGUGGGAAAUCUUUUGCUGUGAGUUCAGACUUAGUGAGCCACAAAAAAUUCCACACAGGAGAGAUGCCAUACCAAUGCCAGGAGUGUGGGAAAUGUUUUCUUUACAGUUCAGACUUGGUGAGGCACAAAAGAGUCCACACAGGAGAGAAGCCAUACCAAUGUCAGGAGUGUGGGAAAUGUUUUGCUUACAGUUCAGACUUGGUUAUCCACAAAAGAGUCCACACAGGAGAGAAGCCGUACCAAUGCCAGGAGUGUGGGAAAUGUUUUGCUUACAGUUCAGACUUUGUGAUCCACAAAAGACUCCACACAGGAGAGAAGCCGUACCAAUGCCAGGAGUGUGGGAAAUGUUUUGCUCGCAGUUCACAAUUGGUGAGCCACAAAAGACUCCACACAGGAGAGAAGCCAUACCAAUGCCAGGAGUGUGGGAAAUGUUUUGCUUACAGUUCAGACUUGGUGAUCCACAAACGACUCCACACAGGAGAGAAGCCGUACCAAUGCCAGGAGUGUGGGAAAUGUUUUGCUCGCAGUGCCAAUUUGGUGAAGCACAAAAGACUCCACAAAGGAGAAAAGCAAUACCAAUGUCAGGAGUGUGGGAAAUCCUUUGCUGUGAGUUCAGACUUAGUGAGCCACAAAAAACUACACACAGGAGAGACGCCAUACCAAUGCCAGGAGUGUGGGAAAUGUUUUGUUUACAGUUCACACUUGGUGAGCCACAAAAGAGUCCACACAGGAGAGAAGCCAUACCAAUGCCAGGAGUGUGGGAAAUGUUUUGCUGUGAAUUCUUCCUUGGUGAGCCACAAAAGUGUUCACACAGGAGAGAAGCCAUACCAAUGCCAGGAGUGUGGGAAAUGUUUUGCUUACAGUUCAGCCUUGGUGAAGCACAAAAGAGUCCACACAGGAGAGAAGCCAUACCAAUGCCAGGAUUGUGGGAAAUGUUUUGCUUACAGUUCAGCCUUGGUGGGCCACAAAAGAGUCCACACAGGAGAGAAGCCAUACCAAUGCCAGGAGUGUGGGAAAUGUUUUGCUUACAGUUCAGCAUUGGGGAAGCACAAAAGACUCCACACAGGAGAGAAUCCAUAGCAAUGCCAGGAGUGUGGGAAAUGUUUUGCUGAUUGUUCAGCUUUUGUGAGGCACAAAUGUCAUCACACUGGAGAGAAACCAUAUCAGUGCCAGGAGUGUGGGAAGUGUUUUCCUUGGAAGCCAUUAGUUCUGAAGCACCAGAGCAUCCAUACAAGAAAGAAACUGUACAAAUGCCAGGAGUGUGGGAAAUCUGUUAUCCAGAGUUCACACUCUGUGAGCCACAAAAGAGUCCACACAGGAGAGAAGCCGUACCAAUGCCAAGAGUGUGGGAAAUGUUUUGCUUACAGUUCAGCUUUGGUGGACCACAAAAGACUCCACACAGGAGAGAAGCCAUACCAAUGCCAGGAGUGUGGGAAAUGUUUUGCUGUGCGUUCAGCCUUGGUGAGCCACAAAAGACUCCACACAGGAGAAAAGCAAUACCAAUGCCAGGAGUGUGGGAAAUCUUUUGCUGUGAGUUCUGACUUACUGAGCCACAAAAAACUACACACAGGAGAGACGCCAUACCAAUGCCAGGAGUGUGGUAAAUGUUUUGUUUACAGGUCACACUUCGUGAGGCACAAAAGAGUCCACACAGGAGAGAAGCCAUACCAAUGCCAGGAGUGUGGGAAAUGUUUUGCUUACAGUUCAGCCUUGGUGAGCCACAAAAGACUCCACACAGGAGAGAAGCCAUACCAAUGCCAGGAGUGUGGGAAAUGUUUUGCUUACAGUUCAGACUUGGUGAAACACAAAAGACUCCACACAGGAGAGAAGCCGUACCAAUGCCAGGAGUGUGGGAAAUGUUUUCUUUACAGGUCACACUUGGUGGGGCACAAAGGAGUCCACACAGGAGAGAAGCCAUACCAAUGCCAGGAGUGUGGGAAAUGUUUUGCUUACAGUUCAGACAUGGUGAAACACAAAAGGCUCCACACAGGAGAGACGCCAUACCAAUGCCAGGGGUGUGGUAAAUGUUUUCUUUACAGGUCAUACUUGGUGAGGCACAAAAGACUCCACACAGGAGAGAAGCCAUACCAAUGCCAGGAGUGUGGGAAAUCUUUUGCUGUGAGUUCAGACUUAGGGAUCCACAAAAAACUCCACACAGGAGAGACGCCAUACCAAUGCCAGGAGUGUGGUAAAUGUUUUCUUUACAGGUCACACUUGGUGAGGCACAAAAGAGUCCACACAGGAGAGAAGUCAUACCAAUGCCAGGAGUGUGGGAAAUGUUUUGCUGAGAGUUUACAUUUGGUUUGUCACAAACAACUCCACAAAGGAGAAAAGCAAUACCAAUGCCAGGAGUGUGGGAAAUGUUUUGCAUGCAGUUCAACAUUGGUGAAGCACAGAAGACUCCACACUGGAGAGAAGCCAUACCAUUGCCAGGAGUGUGGGAAAUGUUUUGCUUACAGUUCAGCCUUGGUGAGGCACAAAAGAGUCCACACAGGAGAGAAGCCAUACCAAUGCCAGGAGUGUGGGAAAUGUUUUGCUUACAGUUCAGACUUGGUGAGGCACAAAAGACUCCACACAGGAGAGAAGCCAUACCAAUGCCAGGAGUGUGGGAAAUGUUUUGCUUACAGUUCAGUGCCUUGGUGCCACAAAAGACUCCACACAGGAGAAAAGCCAUACCAAUGCCAGGAGUGUGGGAAAUGUUUUGCUUACAGUUCAGACUUAGUGGGCCACAAAAAACUACACACAGGAGAGACGUCAUACCAAUGCCAGGAGUGUGGGAAAUGUUUUGUUUACAGUUCACACUUGGUGAGCCACAAAAGAGUCCACACAGGAGAGAAGCCAUACCAAUGCCAGGAGUGUGGGAAAUGUUUUGCUGUGAAUUCUUCCUUGGUGAGCCACAAACGUGUCCACACAGGAGAGAAGCCUUACCAAUGCCAGGAGUGUGGGAAAUGUUUUGCUUACAGUUUAGCCUUGGUGAAGCACAAAAGAGUCCACACAGGAGAGAAGCCAUACCAAUGCCAGGAUUGUGGGCAAUGUUUUGCUUACAGUUCAGCCUUGGUGAAGCACAAAAGACUCCACACAGGAGAGAAUCCAUAGCAAUGCCAGGAGUGUGGGAAAUGUUUUGCUGAUUGUUCAGCUUUUGUGAGGCACAAAAGUCAUCACACUGGAGAGAAACCAUAUCAGUGCCAGGAGUGUGGGAAGUGUUUUCCUUGGAAGUCAUUAGUUCUGAAACACCAGAGCAUCCAUACAAGAAAGAAACUGUACAAAUACCUGGAUUGUGGACAAUGUUUUACUCGGAAUUCAUUUCUUGUAAGCCAACAGAGAACUCAUAGAGGAGAAAAAACAUACAGAUGCCCAGAUUGUGGGAAAUGCUUUGGUUACAGCUCAGCCUUUGUGAAGCACAAAAAACUUCACACAGGAGAGAAGCCAUACCAAUGCCAGGAGUGUGGGAAAUGUUUUUGUUGGGGUUCAUACUUUUUGAAUCAUCAGAGACUACAUACAGGAGAUAAAUCAUCCAAGGAGUUGGGGAAAAACUAAUAAAAUGUGUUGCAACAGGGAAAUGGUGGGUUCUGGACAAUUCUAGUGCUGUAAGCUAUACAUUAAACAUUUCCCAAUUAA